AUGGGUUGCUGCUCGAGCUCCGAGGCGGCCACUGCCGACGACAGCCAAACAUAUCAAGAUAUUAGUCUCUCAUGUUACCCAACGGCACCAACUGAUGGGCUGGUGGAGCAACAUAAGGUCCAUCACGUGUAUGAUGGUGACACACUAACACUCGAAGGCGGCAAAAGAGUCCGGUUAGUCGGCAUUGACGCGCCGGAGAUCCGUGAGCGCCAGCCAUAUGCAGCUGAGAGCCGUGAUUUCCUCCGUGCCCUCUGCCCCAAGGGACGUGCAAUCCUGUUGCAGCUCAUGGAGACGGAGCGAACAGACAAGUAUGGACGGCUUCUCGCCUACGUGUACGUGAAGCACCCCCACAGGGACGAUUUUAUUUGCGUCAAUGUCGCCAUGGUGGAGAAGGGCCUGGCGUCUUUGUACCUGGCACGGCAUGGAGAGAACACGAUGAAGGAUGCGUUGAGUGUAGCGCAGAUUGUGGCAAGGCGGGAGAAACGCAAAACUUGGGAAAAUGUGGAUGAAUCUCGCACUGUGGUUAUUGGCGACCACGGCAAGGCCUUCCACCGUGUCGGCACCAAAUGCAUCGUGAAAACGCACAAGGUGACGGUGGGAGAGGCGUUGGAUCGGCUGUUCUCCCCGUGCCGCAGGUGUAAACCGUUUGGGGUAGUUGCAACAGGGGCAUCAUAA